UCUGCUUAUGGGUGGGGCUGGGUUCCCUCCCUGUUGGUUGUUUGGUCUCAGUCAACCUAACACUGAAGCCUACCCGGGCGCUUUGGUGGAGCUAAUGGUGGUCUCUGGGAGGGCUCAUGCCAAGGAGUACUUCCCAGAACUUUUGCUGCCAAUGUCCUUGUCCUCAAAGUGAGACACAGCCAUCCCCUGCCUCUGCAGGAGACCCUCCAACACUAGCAGAUCCAUGAGGUGGGAGUUGCUUUAUCUGCAUCAGAAAUUUCCAGAUAAAUGCAGAAGAAUCGUCUGACCACUGAAAAAACAAACAUAACACAUCUUAGAACCCCUCAUGGACCACAUCACAGAGGACUAGAAGAUUCACCUGAUUUGCAAAAAUAUGACAAUUGACCGGGUCUGACGGAAAGCAGUUUUCGGGUAUUAUAGCCCACCCCCAUCCCUGAGUAGGUGAAGGAUCUUAGCAGCGACACCUAUUCAGCUACCGGGGUCGACCUACUUAACGCUGUUAAAGGGAAAUAACUAGGAGUGGAAUUGCCGAGUCGUAUGUAUGGUUCAGCCAGUAGAGAGGGGAACAGUGUGGAUGAGGCACACCUCUCUUAAAGGCUGGAGUCCUGAAGAGACAGAGUUUGACCCAAGAAUGGCCUGGAAAUCUUUGGAAUACCCUGUACUGAAGAAUACUGGUUGGAAAUCUGUGAGGUCCUUAUGCUGGGAUCAUUUAAUCUGCAGUUACCUUGAAGACUCCACUGUGGCUGGAGGGUCCAGGUUGUCUUCACUCAGAUGUGUGGCAAUGGGUGCUGGAUAUUGCCUGAGACUCCUCAGCUCUCCUCCACAUGAUCUCUCAUCUUCUGAGGAAAACCUACAUGAGUACACAGUAGGAUGGAGGCUGUCUAUAAGCCAGGAAGAAGGCUCUCACCAGAAACCAAAUUUGCAAGAACGUUGAUCAUGGACUUCUAGCUGCCGUAACAGUGAGAAAAUAAAUGUCUCUUGUUUAAGCACUCAAUCUGUGCCUGUGGUAUUUUGUUAUGAAAGCAUGAGCACAUGGAUACAUCUGAUAAUCUCAAGUUAUCCCCAGAACCUUUAUUCAGAUGUCAGCUUUUCAUUUAUAUCCUCUAAAGUUCCCUUCAAUUACUCAAAAACUCAAACUCAUGAUCUUACACUUUGUUGUUCACUCCCAACUUGCAAAACCUAGUCUUUUCCCAAUAGUCUCUUUCAGUGGCCGACACUCUCUAACUUAUAACCUGAGUUUGAACCCCAGGAAUAAUUCUUGACACUUCUCUCUUCUCUGUGCCCCAUAUUCCAUUCAUCAUUCCAUCAUUCCAUUAUCUUUUACAUUCUUAAUGUUUCUUAAAUCUGUCCACAUUUCUCCUCUCCCAUUUCAAAUAUGGCCUUUUCAAAGCUCCAUUAUUUCUUUGAUGUGGCAGUCUCCUAACUGAUCUCUUUGUGUCCAUUCUUGUCACCUUUCAACCAGUUCUGUCUUCUGUAACCAAGGUGACAGUUUUAAAAUUUAAAAGUAUUCAAAUACUUUAAUAGAGUGUCUGUGACAUUCCAGGAAACCAGGAGCCUAGAGAUCAGAUUACCUGCCAUCAGAUCACCAUGGCAGUCCAUAGACCAAGAUGUGGCAACCGAGUUCACCUCACAGAAGGAUUCUAAUGCUGGUUGAAUCACCAUAAGUAUGAAUAUAGAUUAACCCAAAGCAGGAAGGAAGGCCAGUCUGAAGAUCUAAGUACUGCUCAAGCACAGAACAUGCAAUAGCAAAUCUUACCCCUUCAACCAAAAAGAGAAAGCAGGACAGUGGGUUCAUUACUGAAGUUGACUAAACUAUUUGUUAAUAGAGAAACCCUGAAACAGAGUCACAUUGUUUGGCUGUGUCUGGGCUCCUGAGACUCACCUGAAGGGUAAAUAGGUGAAGGCAGAUCAUAGUUUAUCUACUCCAGUGUCAAGUGAUAAAAUACAAUAGUAAACACCUUCCAUAAAUGAGUUUCAUACUAAAGAAAAUUCAUAAGGAUUCUGAUGGUAAUUAUUUCAAUGGAAAUUCACAGGAAAUACUAACAGUACAAAUACAUGUAAGUCAUAAUGUAAGAAAGAAAACAAUUCAAGUUUAUGCUUCAUAGAGAAGUAAACAAAGCAGCAUUGUUGGGUUUAGAUGAAGAGGCUAAAUGAAUAAUAGGUGACAGAAAAGAAAUGGAUGAAAUAUUUCUCAGUGGGUUAGUCAUUGUCAGUGUCAGUAGAGUAGGCUUUAUAAUUAGUUUCUUAAAGACAGUCAAGCUCUCAAGAUAGCAAAAUUAUGUUAAAGCUGCCAUAUAUGGGUCUUGAAAUUAUAAUGAGAUCUUUAGCUCAAACUACAGCAGUGUGGAAGUGAAUGGGAUAAAAACAGAGGGAGCACGAACAAAAGACUUUCCACAACUGUGUUGGGGGCAGCAAUGAUAAUAAUUAUGGAAAUGAAUGCAGAGUAGGCAUCAGUGAAUACAUAAACACCUAAAAGAGGUCAAUUUUGAAUGGGACACUGAACUAUGCUAAUUAUGUCAAAACUUGUCAAGACUCAGGAUAAAGGUGAUUCUGUUUUAUUGCUUCUCAGUGUUUAUACAAGUCAGAUAUCUGAAACAAUGAAAAUGAUGAAAAUACUGUGUUUAGCAGAAAAUAAUGAUUAAAAGAUGUCAUAGAUUAUAGACUCAUGAAACAACAUGCCAUGUAACAAUGUGUUGUUUGUAUUGACAUAAUCCCUGGACUGAGUGUUGAUAGAAGACAAAGGAAGUGAAGUUGGCAUUGGAGCAACAGGAAAAAGAGGAAGAAUAUUAAAAAAAUGAAGACUCACCAGACCAUAAAAGUGAUAGAGUAGGAGUUCAAUGACAAAGAACACCGACCAAACACAGAAGAGGAAAUUUGGACAUACAGAUACCAGGGCAGUGCAUACACAGAAGGAUGACUAUGUGAAGAGGCAGCCAAAGGGUGGCCAUCUGCCAGCCAGGGAGAGGCCGCAGGAGUAACCACAUCUGCUGACACCUUGAUCUUGGACUUCUGGCCUUCAUAACUGAUUCUGCCUGAUGUUCCUUUACCUGAAUAUUUUCUAGAACUGCUCUUCACAAACAUUCCCAUCACACUCCAAAAGAAAUCUGCAUGGGUAAUUAAUGACUCAAGCAAGUGAAAGGAGUGGAGAUUCCAUUUGGUAGUGAUGAGCUGCAGCAGCAGUAGCAAGAAAAUCAAGUUUCCAGGAGCAUCUGUGGCAGCGCUCCAGGAAUGACAUCAAGUGUCCAAGGCCAAAAGGUAUGUUUUGCUGAUUUCAAACAUCCCUGCUACAAGAUGGCCUACUUCCAUGAGCUAUCCAGCCGAGUGAGCUUUCAGGAGGCACGCCUGGCUUGUGAGAGCGAAGGGGGAGUCCUUCUCAGCCUUGAGAAUGAAGCAGAACAGAAGUUAAUAGAAAGCAUGUUGCAAAACCUGACAAAGCCAGGAACCGGGAUUUCUGAUGGUGAUUUCUGGAUAGGGCUUUGGAGAAAUGGAGAGGGGCAAACAUCUGGUGCCUGCCCAGAUCUCUACCAGUGGUCCGAUGGAAGUAGUUCCCAGUACCGAGGAUGUCAGAAUAGAACAGGAACUAAGAAGUGUUCCUGCUGCUCUGUACUUGGCAGAAACUGGUAUACUGAUGAACCUUCCUGUGGAAGUGAAAAGUGUGUUGUGAUGUAUCAUCAGCCAACAGCCAAUCCUGGCCUUGGGGGUCCCUACCUUUACCAGUGGAAUGACGACAGGUGCAACAUGAAGCACAAUUACAUCUGCAAGUAUGAACCAGAGAUUAAUCCAACAGCUCCGAUAGAAAAGACUUAUUUUACAAAUCAACCUGGAGACACUCAUCAAAACGUGGUUGUUACUGAGGCAGGAAUAAUUCCCAAUCUAAUCUAUGUUGUUAUACCAACGAUCCCAUUGCUCUUACUGAUACUGGUUGCUUUCGGAACCUGCUGUUUCCAGAUGCUGCAUAAAAGUAAAGGAAGAACAAAAACUAGCCCACACCAGUCCACACUGUGGAUUUCAAAAAGCACCAGGAAAGAAAGUGGCAUGGAAGUAUAAUAAUUCAUUGACUUGGCUCCAGAAAAGAAAAUAGAGUUUUGUAAUUCUGGAUCUGUAUAAGGAAUGGCAUCAGAACAUUAGCUUGGAAUGGCUUGAAAUCUCAAAGGAUGUACAAGAUGAACUGUAAGCUCCCCCUUGAGGCAAAUAUUAAAAUAAUUUUUAUAUGUUUAUUAUUUCAUUUAUAAAAUAACGCUGUGCUGAUAAUGGAGUGAGACAUGCUUAUUUUGCUAAAGGAUGCACCAAAACUUCAAGUAAAUAGGAUGGACCAUGCAGAUUAAAUUGCUAUGAACACAUCAGAGAAGUAUGUGCAUUGGAAGCAGUUAUUUUUGUUUCUUUCACCUUUCAUAAGUUGUAAUCUAGUUAAUGUAAGGUAAAUUGCAUUGAAGUUUACAGUGUGCAAAAUAUUUUUCCUUUACAUAAGUGUUAGAUAAAAAUGGACUGUUCUUGUAUUUAUUUUUACAGUGUUUCUUUUUUAAAUACAUGCUGUUUUGAUUAAAGAAAUGUAUCACUGUUGUCAACUGAAUUCACACACACAUAAAUAUAUUACCAUAGAAAAAGUUGCUUUUCUAGAAAUGGCUCAUCUUCUUUUAGUUUCUCUGCUUUGGGUCAGAGUAGGUUUAGGAAAUCUCUUCAGAAAUAAGAAGUUAUUUCAUUAACCGUGGUAUAAAUCUAGUCAAGUAUUUUACUUGGAGGCAAGAAUUGUCUAAUUUCAGUUGUGCAAGACAUGUGCCUUACAAUUAUUUUGCAUUUAAAAUUCAACAGAUUUUGUAAUAACUUUGUUAAUAGCUGUAUAAACAAUAAUAUACUCAAUCUAGAGCAACAAAAGUGGCAUACAUGAUAUAAAUCAUAUGUCUUCACGUAUUCCCUAUGUAACCACAAGUAGCUCUCGGAGGGUUCUGGAAUCGAUUUGGCCCCUACCUUGCCAACAAAACAAAGAUGGUUGUGUGGGGUCUGGGACUGACCCUGGAGGCCGAUACCUACAGAGUUUGUCUAAGGUUUUUCCUAGCUCCAUUUAGCCUCUGUCAGCAUAUAAGGCGGUUUUACAGUUGGGACUAGUUGAGUGGUCACCACUAGUGUGCAGUUAAGCACAGCACACUGACAUUUCCGCAAGGAAAGAAACUGAAUUAGUAUAAAAAUGGGUUGGAGGGCAUCAAUGAUCACGUGUUCGCUGUUCACGUUUGGCUGAGAGAGUAAACUGGGGUGCCUCUGUCCUAUCUUCUAGUUUCUUCAAUGCUUGUGGCUCCUUCUUCUCAAGAGAGAGUUGUAACUAUCUGGUUUUCAAAUGUCUCUGUGCUCCUUUUAACCAAAUAAAAAGUUCUUGUUUCUGAAGAAUGA